UGACCUCAGGAACGAAAACGGCUGUUGCCUAGCAACAGCAAGCCCGCCGGGGUUUUGCAGCAGCAAGCGGGAAAACCACUCGGGUAAGCCCCCUGCCCCGCGCCCAGGUGCCGAGGGCCAGGGACGCGGGGGAACGCGGCGGAGAGGCGGGUUGGGGCCGAGGUGGCGGGAGCCGCGAGCGCCGACCGUGAGCGGGAGGCGGGACAGGACCGCGGCGCCUGGUGCAGGGGCGAGUCGAGGCCGGAGCUCACCGGACCCCGAAGUGCAGCAGGACGGGCCUCGGCGCCGCGAAGGAGACAUGUGCGAGGGCCCGUCGCGCAUCUCGGGGCCCAUCCCCCCAGACCCUUCGCUCUGCCCCGACUACUACUACCGGCGACCGGCUUCCGCCCAAGGGCGCCUGGAGGGAAACGCGCUGAAGCUGGACUUGCUGACGUGGGACCGCGAUCCGGCCAGCGCCUCUCCCCGAGGCCCUCGCAUCGCCGCGGGGGCGCGAGAGAUCCAGGAGCGGGGUCGGCAGGGCGUGGGGGGCGUGCUGCUGCAAUUUGGCGGCAUCUCCUUAGGCCCCGGGGCCUCUCCCAAGAGGAAGGACCCGAAAGACCACGAGAAGGAGAACUUGAAGCGGAUCAGGGAGAUCCAGAGGCGAUUUCGUGAGCAGGAGCGCAGCAGGGAGCAGGGCCAGCCCAGGCCCCUGAAGGCACUGUGGCGCUCGCCCAAGUACGACAAAGUGGAGUCCCGGGUCAAGGCCCUUCUGCAGGAGCCCGGCCCUGCCUCUGGGACAGAGCCUGCCCACUUCCUGCGGGCACACUCCCGCUGUGGCCCUGGGCUCCCUCCACCCCGUGCUCCCAGUCCUCAGCCCAACCCACAAGGUGCCAACGCCAAGGGGCCCAGCCUAGGGGUCGACUUCAUUAGCCACAAUGCCCGCGCUGCCAAGAGAGCCCCCCGGCGUCAUUCCCGAUCGCUGCAGGUCCUCGCACAGGUGCUGGAGCAGAAGCGGCAAGCCCAGGAGCGCUACAACACCACACAGAAGGGCCAACUGCCCCACUACUUGUUGGAGCGCAGGGAUCUCUGGCGGCGGGAGGCAGAGGCCCGCCAGCAAAGCCAGCCAGACCCUGCCAUGCCCCCUGGCCACACGCGCAUGCCCGAGAGCCAGCGGCUGGAGACACUGGACAGUUUACUCCGGAGUGAGUAUUGGGCCGCGGGGGGUACCCCACCGGGGACCACGCACCCUGGCCUAGCCUUCACUGUGCCUGGGUUUCCUGUAGGCCAGAAGCAGCUCCUGCGUGAGCUGGUGCUCCUGCCAGCCGGGGCAGACUCGCUGAGGGCUCAGGGCCACCGCGCUGAGCUGGACCGGAAGCUGGUGCAGAUUGAAGAGGCUAUCAAGAUCUUCUCCCGUCCCAAAGUUUUUGUGAAGAUGGAUGCCUGAGCCCCUCUGUGGACGUCCCUAGGGGCCUCCUUCUGGAGGAUCACCCACUGGCUGCAAAGGGCAUGUUCAGCCGUGUCAGAGUGGGGUGUCACUCCUGUCCAAAGAGAGUAGCAGUGGGGUGUCAGUAUCCCCACACAUGCUUCCUGCUAUGGCGACUGCAGAACAGGAGACUGGCACAGCCUCGUCAUCUCUGUGUCAAAAUUAAACCUUUUGUACGCGGUGCAUUGGUUUCCAUAAGAGUUUGUCUUACAUUCAAAAUGUAGUGCACUCGGGGCUGGACAGAUAGCACAGCGGGUAGGGCGUUUGCCUUGCAUGCGGCUGACCUGGGUUCAAUUCCCAGCAUCCCAUAUGGUCCCCUGAGCACUGCCAGGAGUAAUUCCUUAGUGCAAAGCCAGGAGGAACCCCUGUGCAUCGCCAGGUGUGACCAAAAAAGAAAAAAAAAGAAAAAAAAAAGUAGUGCACUCAUUGAACGCAAGAGCCCCGAGUCUGAUCCCACAUGGUCCCCUGAGGACUGUAGCUGUGACCCAGAAAUGAAGGGGGAGGUUUUCUUACU